AUGCGAUUUAGGGGUUAUUGCCCUCCGCCAUGCCUGCUGCUCAGCAGUUACUUUGAGUUCCAGUUUGAUAAGCUGAAACUUCCUGUGGUGGGAACUUUAGGGAAGAGGAAAGAGCUGGUCCAUUCCUGUUUAGGAGCCUGGGCCUUGAACCUGGACCCUGUGACGCUCACCAUCUAUGCAGGUCCCAAUGGCAGCCACUUUGGAUUUUCUGUGGACUUUCACAAGGACAACCAUGGGAGCGUGUCCAUCGUGGUGGGCGCCCCCAGGGCCCUAAGCGAAAGUCAGGAGGAGACUGGUGGCGUGUUCCUGUGCCCCUGGAAGGCCAGUGGCGGCGAAUGCACCUCGCUGUCCUUCGAACUAAGGGAUGAGACCCGUCACGUAGGCUUGCAGUCUUUCCAAACCUUCAGGACCGGGCAAGGACUUGGGGCAUCGGUCGUCAGCUGGAAUGACGUCAUUGUGGCCUGCGCCCCCUGGCAGCACUGGAAUGUCCUAGAAAAGAACGAUGAGGCAGAGAAGACGCCAGUGGGUGGCUGCUUCGUGGCUCAGCUACAAAACGGCGGCCGCGCAGAGUACUCGCCCUGUCGCACCAACAUCAUGAGCUCGGCUUACGCAGAAAUUUUUGGCCCAGACAAGCGAUACUGUGAGGCCGGCUUCAGUUCUGCGGUGACCCAGGAUGGCGAGCUAGUGCUUGGGGCCCCUGGCGGCUACUAUUUUUUAGGUCUCCUGGUUCGGGUUCCAAUUGCGAAUAUCAUCUCUAGUUACCAACCGGGUACCCUUUUGUGGCAUGUUCCCAAUCAGCGCUUCACCUUUGACUAUGGCAGCUCAGUGUACUUCGACGGCUACCGGGGGUACUCGGUGGCCGUGGGCGAGUUCGAUGGGGAUCUGAGCACUACAGAGUACGUAUUCGGUGCCCCCACUUGGAGCUGGACCUUGGGAGCGGUGGAAAUUCUGGACUCCUACUACCAGAAGCUGCACCGGCUACUUGGAGAGCAGGUGGCUUCGUAUUUCGGGCACUCAGUGGCAGUCACUGACGUCAACGGGGACGGGAGGCACGACCUGCUGGUGGGGGCUCCAUUGUAUAUGGACCACAGGGCUGAUCGCAAGCUGGCCGAGGUGGGCCGUGUGUAUUUGUUUCUGCAGCCUCAGGGCCCCUAUGUUCUGGGCACACCCACUCUCCUGCUGACUGGCACUCAGCUCUAUGGGAGAUUUGGAUCUGCCAUUGCACCCUUGGGUGACCUCAACCGGGAUGGCUAUAAUGAUGUUGCUGUGGCUGCCCCCUAUGGGGGUCCCAGUGGUCAGGGCCAAGUGCUGGUGUUCCUGGGUCAGAGCGAGGGGCUGAGUCCACGCCCCUCCCAGGUCCUGGACAGCCCCUUCCCCACAGGCUCGGGCUUUGGUUUCUCCCUCCGUGGCGCCGUAGACAUCGAUGACAAUGGAUACCCAGACCUGAUUGUGGGAGCCUAUGGGGCUAGCAAAGUUGCCGUGUACAGAGCUCAGGCUGUGGUGAUGGCCACUGUCCAGCUGCUGGUUCAAGACUCCCUGAAUCCCACCGUGAAGAACUGCGUCCUGGAACAGACCCAGACGCCAGUCAGCUGCUUCAACAUCCAGAUGUGUGUGGGCGCCACCGGGCACAACAUUCCUCAGAAGCUGCAGCUGAAUGCAGAGUUGCAGCUGGACCUGAAGAAGCCCCGCCAGGCCCGCCGAGUGCUGCUGCUGGCCUCUCAGCAGGCCAGCCUCACCCUGAGUCUGGACCUGGGUGGAAAAAACAGAACUAUCUGCCACACCACCAUGGCCUUCCUUCGAGAUGAGGCCGACUUCCGGGACAAGCUGAGCCCCAUUGUGCUGAGCCUCAACGUGUCGCUGCCCCCGGGAGAGACUGGAGGAGCCUCUGCUGUGGUGUUGCAUGGAGAGACCUAUGUCCAGGAGCAGACCCGGAUCAUCCUGGACUGUGGGGAAGACGACCUGUGUGUGCCGCAGCUCCAGCUCACAGCCACUGUGGGGAACUCCCCACUUCUGAUUGGUGCUGAGAAUGUGUUGGAGCUGAAGAUUGAUGCAGCCAAUGAGGGUGAGGGAGCCUAUGAGGCAGAGCUGGCUGUGCACUUACCUCCGGGUGCCCACUACAUGCGGGCUUUCAGCAACAUUGAGGGCUUUGAGAGGCUCACCUGCACCCAGAAGAAGGAGAAUGAAACCAGGGUGACACUGUGUGAGCUGGGCAACCCCAUGAAGACGGACACCCGGAUAGGAAUCACCAUGUUGGUGAGUGUGGAGAACCUGGAAGAGGCUGGACAGUAUGUGUCCUUCCAGCUCCAGAUCAGGAGCAAGAACAGCCAGAAUCCAAACAGUCAGGCUCUGCUGCUGCCUGUGGCAGUCCAAGCAGAGGCCACCGUGGAGCUUCGAGGGAAUUCCAUCCCUGCCUCCCUGGUGGUGGCAGCAGAAGAAGGUGAGAGGGAGCAGGACGGCUUGGACAGCUGGAUCCCCAGGGUGGAACACACCUAUGAGCUCCACAACAACGGCCCCAGCGCCGUGAGUGGCCUCCGACUUGCCAUCCACUUUCCCAGCCAGUCCCAGUCCUCGGACCUGCUCUACAUCCUGGAUGUGCAGACCCAAGGUGGUCUCCUUUGCUCCUCACAGCCGACCCCUAAGCCCCUUAAGCUGGACUGGACGCUACGCACUCCCAGCCCUUCCCCGAUUCGCCCGGUCCAUCACAAGCGCGAGCGCAGACAGGCGUUCCUGCAGGGACCCAAGCCGCUGGGGCAGCAGGACCCAGUUCUGGUGAGCUGCAACGACUCAGCGCCCUGUACGGUGGUGGAAUGUGAGCUGCGGGAGAUGGUGCGCGGGCAACGAGCCAUGGUCACAGUGCGGGCUAUGCUGGGGCUGCCUAGCCUCCGCCAGAGGCCGCUGGAGCAGUUUGUGCUGCAGUCGCAUGCCUGGUUCAACGUCUCCUCCCUACCCUACUCGGUGCCGGUGCUCAGCUUGCCCAGCGGACAAGCUCUGGUGCAGACACUGCUGCUUCGGGCCUUGGAGGACAGGGCCAUUCCUAUCUGGUGGGUGCUGGUGGGAGUCCUGGGCGGUCUGCUGCUGCUCACCCUGCUGGUUUUGGCCAUGUGGAAGGCUGGCUUCUUCAAGCGGAAUCGACCACCUCUGGAGGAAGAUGACCAGGAGUGAGGACACCAGUGCUCAGUCAUGGGAGGAAGCUGGGUGCCUGCUUCACCCCCUGUUUCCAACCGCUUGGCCCUGCUCAGAACUCCAUGGGUUCAAACUCUUCCGUGGGGUCUUCCCUUCCCAGCAGAGCGGGCACAUCCCCUUUCCUACUGCCUAAUAAAGAGGUUGAUAUCAGUA